ACUUCCGCUUGAGAAAGACUCUGUUAACCUGGUAUAAUUCCAUGCGUUUUUACUACUAUAUGCAUUCUUCAACUAAAUUCUAGCGGGAAAGAAUUCAACGAAAAAUGACCACUAAUAAUGAUUUAGACUUAUUAAAACUAAUAAGUGACAGACUGAAAGAUGACCCUCUAAACCUAACGGAUGAGUUUGAUCAAGAAAACGAAAAAGAUCAAAAAGAGACAGACAAAAAGUUAACAGCUCUACAAAAUUGGAAAGAAAAGUACGAAGGUGAAGAAUGGUUAGAACAAUUGGAAGAGGAGCUAAAGGAACUUUCAGAUUCCCCUAUAAACGAACAAGAUUUGAAAGAUAAGUCUUCAGAUGAAAUAUUCAACCUCAUUUGUCAACGUUUGGAUAAAGAAAAUUGGAUAAAAUUCGCUUCCGAUCUUCAAUUGAUUGAAGAAGAAGAGACAGACGAGAAGGACGAUAGCGAGCAACUAGAUUCUGCAGCGUUUUUGUGUUUGCUAAAAGACAAGUGGUUAAAUGGUGAAAGUACUCUUUCUAUCGAACAAACAGAUAAAUUAAAAGAUGCUUUAAAAAAAAUUGGUAGAGAAGAUAUUUUAGAAGCUGAAGAGUUUCAAAAUUCUAAUCCUGUCCCAACAGAUCUAUGUACUGAUACGAUAGAAGACGAUAUAUCAGAAGGUUGCGUAACAGCUGUUCAAAAGGUUGUGCAAGUUGUUACCGAGCAUUCAAAAGUACUCACUUCUACUUCUCAUAGCUCUGAGGAAAAAGACGAAGAUGAGAAGGAUGAAAAAGAAGAGAAACUUGUUGCAAGUGUUAAGGAAGAACGUGUCGUAGUUGAAAAGAGAACAGAGUUUAGUGAGAAAACUCAAACAAUAGAAACGAAACAAGAAGUUAUUGUAUCAACACAAAAAACUGUUCAAGUUGUUGAGGAAGAGAUUGUGAAAGAAGCAGACGUAAAAGUAGAAGUAUCACCUUCAAACGACAAAGAAGCUAAGGAAACAAACGGUGAGACUGCUGACGAAAAACAGAGUGAUGCCGACUGUAAGGAAAAGGAUGACAGUAUAGAGAAUAAAGAGAAUGAUAAAAGUAAAGAGAAUGGUGAAGAUGAAGAAGAGAGUGAAAAUAGAGAGCAAGAUGAAAAUCAAGAAAAAAAUGGUACAAAGGAUAAAGUAGAAAUCCCUGAUAGCAAAGACGAUGGCAAAAAGAAAAAGAAGCGAAGCAUUCCCAAACUCUUCUCUUGUUUCUCAAAAAAAGAAGCUGAUUAA